AUUGUAUAUAAUAAUUUCUUGAUCUUUGAUGCAGUGUAUUAUGAACCCGAAAGUGAGAACACUUGGUAUUUUUUCACAAGAUUAGAAAGAUUAUAUAAAAACGGAAGUCGACCUAGAAGAUCCGCUGGCAAUGGUUAUUGGAAGGCUACCGGGGUGGAUGCAACAAUAAGUAACAAACAAGGAAUAACUAUUGGUUAUAGGAAGGCUUUAGCAUUCUUUAUUAAAAUCGAACCCGCUCCAAAAAAUAAAAACGAACCCAAGGGAAUUAAAACACCAUGGCUCAUGCACGAAUUUAGGCUUAAUAAUAUUCCUUCAACCUCGGAGCCUAAACCGAAAAGACUUAAAACAAAUGAUCAUGAUGGUACAUCACAAUCCCAAGGCUCCAAACCAAAAAAUAUGUUGGAUGGUUGGGUGUUAUGCAAAGUUUAUAGAGUUGCUAGAGAUGUCGAGGUUGAAGCUAUAAAUCAAGAGGAGCAGCAUCUUCAUCAAGAGGAGCAACAUCAAGCUAUUGCCCUAAAUAUUGGAGCUAAUGAUCAUGUACUUAUUCCAGCGAUCGAGGAUAGUUUUGAACAUUUACAACGCAAUCGUCAAGAGGAGCAGCAUCUUCAACAAGAGGAGCAACAUCAAGCUAUUGCCCUAAAUAAUGGAGAUAAUCAUCACUUACUUAUUCCAGAGAUCGAGGAUAGUUUUGAACAUCAACAACGCAAUGAAGAUAUGCCACGAUUUUCACAAGAGGAGUUGGAGUUUUUAUACAACAUUUUUCCAUGUUGAGAUCGAAUAUGAAAAGUAUUUGUAUGUAUGAUUACUGUGUACG